CCCAUCUCCAUAUAGGGCUGAGCAACACUCUUUAUAUAGAGUGAUGGAGACCAGGGGAGACAGACUAGGGGGAGACACAAGGCACUGGACAUCCGGAAGUCGAGAUCCUUUCCACCAAACGUAUUCAAGGUGUGACCAAGGACAGGUUUAAGAAUGGGGGACAGUUUGAUGGCAGAGUUUGGUGCCGCAGCUUCCUAUCUGCGUAAGUCAGACAAGGAGCGUAUGGAAUGCCAGACUAGACCCUUUGACAUAAAGAGAGAGUGCUAUGUGCCAGACCCUGAGGUUGAGUACGUCAAGGCCACAAUCACCAGCAGAGAUGGGGCUAAAGUCACCGUUGAUACUGAGUUUGGAAAGACUGUUACUGUGAAGGAGGAUGACGUUCACCCCCAGAACCCGCCAAAGUUUGAUAAAAUUGAGGACAUGGCGAUGUUCACCUUCCUGCACGAGCCUGCUGUGCUGUUUAACCUCAAAGAGCGUUACGCAGCCUGGAUGAUCUACACCUACUCAGGGCUGUUCUGUGUCACUGUCAACCCCUACAAGUGGCUGCCAGUGUAUGAUCAGUCUGUUGUCAAUGCAUACAGAGGCAAGAAGAGGACAGAAGCUCCUCCUCACAUCUUCUCCAUCUCUGACAAUGCCUACCAGUACAUGUUGUCAGACAGGGAAAACCAGUCUGUUCUUAUUACCGGAGAAUCCGGUGCUGGAAAGACUGUGAACACCAAGAGGGUCAUCCAGUAUUUUGCCAGCAUUGCUGCUGUCAGUGGAAAGAAAAGCGCUGCAGAAGAAAAAAAGGGGACACUGGAGGAUCAAAUCAUCCAGGCCAAUCCUGCCCUGGAGGCUUUUGGUAAUGCCAAGACCAUCAGGAAUGACAACUCCUCUCGAUUCGGUAAAUUCAUCCGAAUUCAUUUUGGAGUCAGUGGGAAGCUUUCGUCUGCUGACAUUGAGACUUAUCUACUGGAGAAGUCACGUGUAACUUUCCAGCUCAAGGCUGAGAGAGAUUAUCACAUCUUCUACCAGAUCCUGUCCCAAAAGAAACCUGAAUUGCUGGAGAUGCUACUCAUCACCAGCAAUCCCUAUGACUACGCCUACAUCUCCCAAGGAGAGAUUUCUGUUACUUCCAUUAAUGAUUCAGAUGAGCUAAUGGCUACUGAUGAUGCCUUUAAUGUGCUUGGAUUCUCCCAAGAAGAGAUUAAUGGCAUUUAUAAGCUGACUGGGGCCAUCAUGCACUACGGCAACCUGAAGUUCAAGAAUAAACAGCGGGAGGAGCAAGCAGAGGCAGAUGGCACUGAGGAUAUUGACAAAGCUGCAUAUCUGAUGGGCCUGAACUCUGCUGACCUGGUCAAGGGGCUGUGUCACCCAAGGGUCAAAGUAGGAAAUGAGUGGGUCACCAAAGGUCAGAGUGUCGACCAGGUUAACUACUCCAUUGGUGCACUGGCAAAGAAAAUUUACGAGAACAUGUUCCUCUGGAUGGUGAUAAGAAUCAACCUUUCACUGGACACGAAGAACGCUCGCCAGCACUUCAUUGGUGUGCUGGACAUUGCUGGCUUUGAGAUCUUUGAUUUCAACACCUUUGAGCAGCUGUGUAUCAACUUCACUAAUGAGAAGCUGCAACAGUUCUUCAAUCACCACAUGUUUGUGCUGGAGCAGGAAGAAUAUAAGAAAGAGGGCAUCGUCUGGGAGUUCAUUGACUUCGGCAUGGACUUGGCUGCCUGCAUUGACCUCAUUGAAAGGCCCAUGGGUAUCAUGUCCAUCCUUGAAGAGGAGUGCAUGUUCCCCAAGGCCAGUGAUUCUACAUUCAAAGCUAAGCUGUAUGACACCCAUUUGGGCAAAAAUGCAUGCUUCCAGAAGCCCAGGAUUAUUAAGGGUAGACCAGAGGCACAUUUCUCCCUGGUUCACUAUGCUGGCACUGUUGAUUACAACAUUGGUAACUGGCUGGUGAAGAACAAGGACCCGCUGAAUGAGACUGUGGUCGGACUGUUCCAGAAGUCAAGUCUUAAGUUCCUGGCCAACCUCUUUGUGGGCUAUGCUGGUGCAGAAGGAGCACCUGAAGAAAAAGCGGCUGGAGGAAAGAAGAAGAAAGGCUCUUCCUUCCAGACUGUGUCUGCAUUGCACAGGGAGAACUUGGGUAAACUCAUGACCAACUUGAGGUCUACUCACCCUCACUUUGUGCGUUGCCUCAUCCCCAAUGAGACCAAGACUCCUGGGGCCAUGGAGAAUCCUCUGGUCAUGCACCAGCUGCGCUGUAACGGUGUGCUGGAAGGCAUCAGGAUCUGCAGAAAGGGCUUCCCCAACAGGAUCCUGUAUGCUGACUUCAAACAAAGAUAUCGCAUCCUGAAUCCAAAUGCCAUCCCUGAGGGUCAGUUCAUGGACAACAUCAAGGCAGCAGAAAAACUUCUGGGCUCUCUGGACAUUGACCACACCCAGUACAGAUUAGGACACACGAAGGUGUUCUUCAAGGCUGGUCUCCUGGGUACCCUUGAGGAGAUGAGAGAUGACCGUCUCGCUCUUAUCAUCACUGGAAUGCAGGCCCGAUCACGUGGUCUACUUGCCAGAAUUGAGUUCCAGAAAAUUGUUGAACGCAGGGACGCCUUGCUUGUGAUCCAAUGGAACAUUCGUGCCUUCAUGGGUGUCAAGAAUUGGCCCUGGAUGAAGAUGUACUUCAAGAUUAAACCUCUGCUGAAGUCAGCAGAGACUGAGAAGGAGAUGGCGAACAUGAAGGAAGAAUUCCUGAAGCUUAAAGAGGCUUAUGCUAAAAGUGAAGCCCGUAGAAAGGAGCUGGAAGAGAAGAUGGUCUCCCUUAUCCAAGAGAAGAAUGACCUGCAGAUCGCUGUCCAAACUUCAGAAGACACUAUUGGUGAUGCUGAAGAGAGAUGCGAGGGUCUGAUCAAGAGCAAAAUCCAGCUUGAGGCCAAAUCCAAAGAGCUGACAGAAAGACUGGAGGAUGAGGAGGAGAUGAAUUCAGAGCUGACUGCUAAGAAGAGGAAGCUGGAAGAUGAGUGCUCAGAACUCAAGAAGGACAUUGAUGAUCUGGAGCUCACUCUGGCUAAAGUGGAGAAGGAAAAGCAUGCCACAGAGAACAAGGUUAAAAACCUGACUGAAGAGAUGGCAGCUCUGGAUGAAAUCAUUGCCAAGCUGACCAAGGAGAAGAAGGCUCUGCAGGAGGCUCAUCAGCAAACGUUGGAUGACCUGCAGAGUGAGGAGGACAAGGUCAACACGCUGACCAAGGCCAAAGCCAAACUGGAACAGCAAGUUGAUGAUCUUGAAGGGUCUCUGGAGCAAGAGAAGAAGGUCAGGAUGGACCUUGAGAGAGCCAAAAGAAAGCUGGAAGGAGACUUGAAGUUGACCCAGGAGAGCCUAAUGGACCUGGAGAACGACAAGCAGCAAAUGGAGGAGAGAAUGAAGAAGAAGGACUUUGAGAUGAGCCAACUCAACAGCAAGAUUGAGGAUGAGCAGGCCAUGGGUGCCCAACUCCAGAAAAAACUGAAGGAGCUGCAGGCCCGCAUUGAGGAGUUGGAGGAAGAGCUUGAGGCUGAGAGAGCUGCCCGUGCCAAGGUGGAGAAACAGAGGGCAGACUUGUCCAGAGAGCUGGAAGAGAUCAGUGAGAGGCUGGAGGAAGCAGGUGGAGCCACUGCUGCCCAGAUUGAGAUGAACAAGAAGAGGGAGGCUGAGUUUCAGAAGGUGCGCAGAGACCUUGAAGAGGCUACUCUGCAGCAUGAGGCUACAGCUGCCACUCUGAGGAAGAAAAAUGCUGACAGUGUGGCUGACCUGGGAGAGCAGAUUGACAACCUUCAGAGAGUGAAGCAGAAGCUGGAGAAGGAGAAGAGUGAGCUCAGGCUGGAGCUGGAUGAUGUGGCCUCCAACAUGGAGCAGAUUGUCAAGUCUAAAACAAACUUGGAGAAAAUGUGCCGCACUCUCGAGGACCAGAUGAGUGAAUACAGGAUGAAAGCUGAGGAAGGACAGCGAUCCAUCAAUGAUUUCACCAUGCAGAAAGCAAAGCUUCAAACUGAGAAUGGUGAACUUGCCAGACAGCUGGAGGAGAAGGACUCUCUGGUCUCCCAACUGACCAGAGGUAAGCAGUCCAACGUUCAGCAGAUUGAAGACCUCAAGAGACAACUGGAGGAGGAAGUCAAGGCAAAGAACGCACUUGCCCAUGCAGUGCAGUCUGCUCGCCAUGACUCAGACCUGCUGAGGGAGCAGUAUGAGGAGGAGCAGGAGGCCAAGUCUGAGCUGCAGCGUGGCAUGUCCAAGGCUAAUGCUGAAGUGGCUCAGUGGAGAACCAAGUAUGAAACUGAUGCCAUCCAGAAGACCGAGGAGCUUGAAGAUGCAAAGAAGAAGCUGGCUCAGCGUCUGCAGGAUGCAGAGGAGGCUGUGGAAGCUGUUAAUGCUAAAUGCUCCUCCCUGGAGAAGACUAAACACAGACUCCAGAAUGAGAUUGAAGAUCUCAUGGUGGAUGUGGAGAGAUCCAAUGCAGCUGCUGCCGCUCUGGACAAAAAGCAAAGGAACUUCGACAAGGUCCUGGCUGAGUGGAAGCAGAAGUUUGAAGAGGCUCAGACUGAGCUGGAGAGCUCCCAGAAAGAGGCCAGAUCUCUCAGCACUGAACUCUUCAAACUCAAGAACUCUUAUGAGGAAUCUCUGGAUCAUCUGGAGUCCAUGAAAAGGGAGAACAAGAACCUUCAAGAGGAAAUUUCUGACCUGACUGAGCAACUUGGUGAGGGAGGAAAGAGCAUCCAUGAGCUGGAGAAAAUCCGUAAACAGCUGGAGCAGGAGAAGGCUGAGAUACAGUCUGCUCUAGAGGAAGCUGAGGGAUCCCUAGAGCAUGAGGAGGGCAAGAUCCUGAGAGCACAGCUGGAGUUCAAUCAGGUCAAAGCUGACAUUGAACGGAAACUGGUGGAGAAGGAUGAGGAGAUGGAGAUGAAUAAGAGGAACCAGCAGAGAGUGGUGGAUACCCUGCAAAGCUCCCUGGAGUCAGAGACUCGCAGCAGGAAUGAAGCUCUCAGGCUGAAGAAGAAGAUGGAGGGAGAUCUCAAUGAGAUGGAGAUCCAGCUCAGCCAGGCCAACAGGCAGGCAGCAGAGGCCCAGAAGCAACUUAAGGGUCUUCAUUCCCAUCUGAAGGAUUCUCAAAUGCAGCUGGAUGAUGCUCUUCGUGGCAAUGAUGAUCUGAAGGAGAACAUUGCUAUUGUAGAGAGACGCAACAACCUGAUGCAGGCUGAACUGGAUGAGCUGAGAGCCAUGGUGGAGCAGACUGAGAGAGGCCGCAAACUGGCUGAGCAGGAACUGCUGGAUGUUAGUGAGAGAGUUCAGCUGCUGCACUCACAGAACACCAGCCUGUUGAGCCAGAAGAAGAAGCUAGAGGGUGACACAUCCCAGCUUCAGAAUGAAGUGGAGGAGGCUGUGCAGGAGUGCAGAAAUGCUGAGGAAAAGGCCAAAAAGGCCAUUACUGAUGCUGCCAUGAUGGCAGAGGAGCUGAAGAAGGAGCAGGACACCAGUUCUCAUCUGGAGCGCAUGAAAAAGAACAUGGAGCAGACCAUCAAAGACCUGCAGCACCGCCUGGAUGAAGCUGAACAAAUUGCCAUGAAAGGUGGCAAGAAGCAGAUCCAGAAGCUGGAGUCCAGAGUGAGGGAGCUAGAGAGUGAAGUGGAAAUGGAGCAAAGGAGGAGCAGUGAUUCUGUGAAAGGUGUCCGUAAAUAUGAGAGACGCAUCAAGGAGCUCACCUACCAGACUGAGGAAGACCGUAAGAAUUUGUCCCGUCUUCAAGACCUGGUGGACAAACUGCAGCUGAAGGUCAAAUCCUACAAGAGAACUUCAGAGGAGGCUGAAGAACAAGCCAAUUCUAAUUUGGGCAAGUUCCGCAAGAUUCAGCAUGAACUGGAUGAGGCAGAGGAGAGGGCUGAUAUUGCCGAGUCUCAGGUUAACAAGAUGAGAGCCAAGAGUCGUGAUUCCGGCUCCAAGAAAGGAAAGGAUGAAGAGUGAGGCCAAGAGUUGUGAUGCCAGCUGUCAGAAAGAACAUGAUGAAGAGUGAAGCUCUCAGAUGGACCUUUCUGAAAAUCUCCUGACUGUAGUGCUUCAGUUUUCUAUAUUCUCCAUGUAACAUGAGCAGAAUAAAGAAUCAACUAAAUUUAAAAUAGC